AUGGUAGGUCUACCAACUGUGGUCAACAACGUCUUAGAAGGACAUGAAAUUAUUCUGUCAUUUAAACGUUAUAAUCUUGAACAAUCACUAGUAAAAAAACGGUUAGGUUUAAGCCAACAGCUUAACCAAAAGAAUUCGAACGCCAACUCAGAUAUCAGCUCAGAUACAGCACCAGAUGGCGCUAUACAAGAUGUCAAGCCUACACCACAACAAGGAGCAUCCUUGGCAGAUGUAGUUCAAAACCCACUACUCGGUGAACCAGAAGAAUCGAAAUAA